AUGCGUACCGCCGCCGCCGUGACUGCUUUGGCAGCUGGUGCCUCAGCGUCCUUCAUCAAGCGUGACGUGCAGUCUGUGUCCGUCAAGGGCAAUGCCUUCUUCGCUGGCAAUGACCGCUUCUACAUGCGUGGCGUCGAUUACCAACCUGGUGGUUCCUCCGACGUUGCCGAUCCCAUUGCCGAUGCCGAUGGCUGCAAGCGUGACAUCUCCCAGUUUCAAAAGCUUGGUCUCAACACCAUCCGCGUCUACACUGUCGACAACACGGCCGACCAUGACGAGUGCAUGAACGCAUUGGCAGAUGCUGGCAUCUACCUUGUCCUCGACGUCAACACUCCCAAGUACUCCCUCAACCGUGGUGACCCUAACCCAUCGUACAACGAGCACUACCUCCAGAGUAUCUUUGCCACAAUCGACAUCUUUGCCAAGUAUGACAACACCCUUGCCUUCUUCUCUGGCAACGAGGUCGUCAACGACCCGGAGAGCUCCAAGGUUGCUCCUUACGUCAAGGCCGUCACCCGUGACAUCCGUCAAUACAUCCGUAACCGUGGCUACAGAGAGGUCCCAGUCGGCUACUCGGCCGCUGAUGUCCAGGAGAACCGCCUCGAGAUGGCCGAGUACAUGAACUGCGGUACUGAUGACGCUCGUUCUGACUUCUUCGCUUUCAACGAUUACUCCUGGUGUGAUCCUUCCGACUUCCAGACCAGCGGUUGGGAUCAGAAGGUCAAGAACUUCACCGGCUAUGGUCUGCCCAUCUUCCUCUCAGAGUAUGGUUGCAACACCAACAAGCGCGAUUUCGGUGAGGUCAAGUCGCUCUACAGCACCGAUAUGACGCCCGUUUAUUCUGGCGGUCUGGUCUAUGAGUACUCCAUGGAGCCCAACAAGUACGGCCUAGUCGAGAUAUCGUCCGACUCGGUCGAAGAGCUUGAUGACUUCACUGCUCUCAUGGAUGCAUUCAAGAGCACUCCCAACCCCGAUGGCGAUGGUGGCUACAACCAGACUGGUGGUGCAUCGGGCUGCCCUGCCUACAACCCUCCCAACUGGGACGUCAAAGACGACACCCUUCCCGCCAUCCCUGAGGGUGCUAUGAAGUUCAUGACCGACGGCGCUGGCACCGGCCCGGGUCUCAACGGUCCUGGCUCGCAAAACGCUGGCGGCGAAUCGAGUGGUACAGCUACAGCUGGCAGCGGCGAGCCCACGAGAUCUGGAGGAAGCGGCGGCUCCAGCAGCACUGGCGGUUCUGACUCUGGCGCCUUCACCAUUCAAGCCCCUCAGAUGGCCUUCGCUCCUCUGGUCUGUGGUGCCGUUGUCGUCCUGUCCACUCUCUUUGGUGCGACUCUGUUGUAA